AUGUCACUGCUGCUCGUUACUGCUGUGGCAUUGGUCUGCUUUUCGCUCAUAAUCGUUGGAGUCCUCAUUGUCUUAUCGCCGAAACCACGACCUCCCACCGAGAAUGAAAAGUAUUUCCGAGAUGUACAUAGCAAUGAACCAAAACGAUUGCCGAGUCUCUUUGACACCUCGAAUGUGAGCCUGUCGUGCAUUGUCCCAGCCUUUGAUGAGAGCAAGCGGUUACCUACCAUGAUGUCCGAGACCGUGUCAUUCCUUGAAGAACGCAAAACGCAACAAAAGACGUUUACAUACGAGAUCAUUGUGGUGGAUGAUGGUAGCCGAGAUAAUACCAAGGAGGUUGUCAUGGAAUUUGCUCAACAGCACAAGUAUGCGGAUAUCCGGUUGUUGGCAUUGGAAAAGAACAGAGGAAAAGGAGGAGCAGUGACUCAGGGUAUGCUAUGUGCUCGUGGUGAACGGUGCCUGAUGGUGGAUGCCGAUGGUGCAACCAAGUUUGCAGAUCUUGUCAAACUAGAGGAAGCUAUCAAGGAUAAAGAAUUGGCUAUUGCUGUGGGUUCACGUUCCCAUUUAGUGAGUACGGAUGCUGUCGUCAAGCGUUCUUUUAUUCGCAAUUUCUUGAUGCGCUGUUUCCAUAGUCUUGUGUAUAUCCUUGGUAUCAGGGGUAUUGAAGAUACGCAGUGCGGCUUCAAGUUGUUUACACGCAAGGCUGCCCAAAGGGUGUUUCCUAGCAUGCAUGUUGAACGAUGGAUCUUUGAUAUUGAAUGUUUGAUGAUUGCCCAGCUACAACGGAUACCCAUUGCCGAGGUGCAGGUCAACUGGCAUGAAAUUGACGGUAGCAAAAUCAACCUGAUGAAGGAUUCAAUAUUAAUGGCACGUGAUCUGUUAUUGAUCCGACUUAAUUACAUUCUUGGAUUAUGGACCAUUGAUGUUAGUAAAGCUCAAAAGACUGAAUAA